UCCUGAAAAUCUAAAAUUACAAAUGAGAUGCUUGAAUCAAGUGCAGAAUGCAGACCUGUGAGAUGUGCCUCAUCACUUGGUUCAUUGCAGCAAUUACUUCAGCACAGUCUUCAGUAAAGCCAACUGCCACUUUGACACUGAACAAUCACCUGCAAACAAUAUACAUUGGAGACAGAGUGGUACUGGUCUGCCACAUCAAGGGCAAUUUUUCAAGUUGGCUCUACCGCUGGUACAAAGGGAGUCUGUACGACUGGGGAAUUCAGAUCGAAAAUGUCACUGGAGACACUUACUUCAUCCCGACCCUGACCCAGUCUGACAGUGGACACUAUAGAUGUUACUCCCACAGAAAUUUCCAACCUUCCAGCUCAGAAAUCAGUAACGGUGUCAUUCUUAGUGUUCAAGGCAGAAGAGCCAGACUUGAGAUAACCUCAGGAAAUACAGAUGGCUUAGUAUCUGAAGGAGAUCAAGUCCAGCUUCUCUGCUGGGUUGAAGGAGAUCUUGUGGAGUGGAGAUAUGAGCUGCACAAAAGCAAAGCCAUAAACCCCUAUCUCACACAAAUGGAGCCCACCUUCAUCAUCAGCUCUGUAGUUCAUUCAGACAGUGGCGAGUACAGGUGUCGAGCCAGAAAAGAAGAGAUUUACUCCAAUUUUAGCGAUCCUGUUCAGUUAUACAUAUCUGCUCCCCGGCUCACUGUUGCUUUGGUCAGUGUUGGAAUUGGUCUUUUUCUUCUUUUUGUUGUCCUACUGCUGUGUGUUUACCUAAGGAUUGAAGGUUUACUGUGCAUCUUGUGCAGGAGCAGCAACAGAAACAAAACCAAAAGAAAGGGGUAUAUUUCUACAUCUAAAAGGAAGCUUUCUGACAGGAACCAGUCUAAUUUCCAAACAAAAUCUCUUAAUAUGGCAGAUGAAACAGACAAAAACGUAGACAUCAUAUACACUGAGUUGAACAACCUUUGUCUGAAGGAGAAUAGAGGAACACGAUUUACAAGCAACACCCUCACUACAAUCUACUCCGAGGUCAGAGUCUUAUGAGGUUGAAUAGAAGACCCACACCUUAACUAGGUUAAUUUGCUGCCUGGAGGGACUGACUGCUAACCCAGUACCUUCCUCCCCCGUGUUCUUUCUGAGGUGGUGAUUGACAGUUGCUUGGCAGGUGCUUGUUGUUUAACUCUUUUUGUGCAGCUCCAUUAAACUUGUUUUGGAGCAACUAAGUCCUUGUAGAAAAAAAUAUCUGCUUCUGUCAAGCCUUUCCCCUGAAUGUCAAUGCACAGAGAGUUACUGUAGUUCUCUAUUGAGCAGCCAAAAUUUAUAAAACUGGCAAAGCAGGAAUGUUGCCAUGGAAUGUCAAAAGCCAUAAAAGAACAAAUACAUUUAGAGUGAAAGGCAGAUUUGCUGUACUCUGGAGUGUAGCACCUGCAGCAAGCAUCGUACUGACCUCCUGCUCCAGUUAGUCAAUAAGAAGGAUGAUGGUGGGAAUGUGGACAUCUCCUUAAUGAACACCUUUCUAAAAUUGCUGUUAUGUGUUAAUGUAUGUUUAUGUAUCUCAUUAGUUUUGCUGUUUUUGAGU